GAAUAUAAACCAAUCUGAACAAUGUAAAUAUAUACACGUUAAUUCGAAUGUGAAUUUCGUACAAAACAAAAACUAUUACCUAGUUCAGAAAAUCUUAAAUUCAAAAGUUAUUUUCUGUCAUGAUUAUGGAUACAUGCUUAAAUUACAUCAUCAAAUUGGUUGAGUAAAUAUAGAUUAAUAUUGAUUUCAUAAUAUAAUAAUGGAACCAUCAACAAGGCAAGAAUCUGUUGUAUCAGUAGCCGACGAUCAGAUUCGAGCGGCUUCGAGACGAUCAACGAGACUACGUCUGUCCACAGUAGAACAAACAUUAUUAGAAAAAAGACUUUACGAAGCAUUUGAUGUGUUUGAUACUUCAAAAACUGGUGAAAUAGAUGUCAGAGAUUUAGGAACCAUUAUUAGAGCAUUGGGAUGUGUUAUCACUGAAGCCGAAUUACAAGAGAUACAAGUUGAAGUAGAAGAUGUAGAAAAUAAUUCUGUGUCAAUAAACAGAUUUGUAGAGUACAUGAACAAAGCUAUUACCGAACGCAAAUUUAAACCAGCUGAACCAGAGGACUUGUUAAAAGCUUUUCAAUUGUUAGAUCCUGAAAAUCGUGGCUACAUAAUGCGCGAUGUUUUAGCAAAAGCAAUAAUGGAAAUUGGCGAACCAUUUUCAGAACAGGAAAUAGCUGAUAUGAUGGUUAUUGCAUGUGAUCCAGAAACGAAAAGAAUUAACUACGAACAUUAUAUUAAUUUAUUAAUUAUAAAAAUACCUGUUGAAAAGAAUGUAUAUUCGAUUGUUGAUAAAAUGGAUGCAGAUAAAUUAGCAGCUGCACCUAAGAAACGUAGAUUAGAAGACCUUCUUAUCAGCUAUAAAGUGGAAUAAUAUAAAAGCUUACAAUAUGAUCUAAACCCUCUUGAACAGAGUGAUCUCUUGAAUAAACCAAACUUAACUUGGAACCUUGCACUGCAACUGGACUUUUUCUUGCUAUCUCACUUGCAAGUUUCAUUGAUCCCUUUAUAUAUACAAGUUCUCUAACCAAGCUAUCAGAGCCUAUAAUUUUGGGAAAUCUUUGCAAUGUUCCCACAUCAGCAGCCAUACCUAUGUCAACUUCCUUUAUUUGAAACCAUGCACCUGAAGAGCAGUAGCGAAUAUCAGCUGCUGAUACCAUGUCUAUACCAGCACCAAUACAUGGGCCAUUUAUAGCUGCAAUUACAGGUUUUGGACACUAGAAAGUCAUAUAAACAAGAUUAUGAAAAUAUAGAUUAAAAAUCAAUGUUUAACAAAAGUAAACAGGGACCACGUCUGUACACUGUACGGACUCUCGAGCCGUUCCCAAUGAUUGCCGAGUGGCCACGAUAUACUGCGUUAUUUCUUUUUGUUUCGAUCCUGUGUUCAUAAAUCGUAUCUUUUAGCAGAGAUCAAGUCUUUCGAAUUUUUAACUUUGACUUGUGGAAAUUUUUGGUUUAUACUGGCACUAAUUCACCAUUGAAUUCAUCGUCUCUAAUUAUGCCAAAUACAAAUAAAACUAUUACUAAACCACUUCUCCAUCAAGGAUACAAUAUAUCUGGAUACAUAAUUUUUACAUAAAAUACCGUCGACCGCACGGUAAGAAACCAAGAAAUGCAUGUCGUCCUUGAAGGGUUAAAGAUAUACUACCUUUUCUAUUGCACUAAAACUAUCUUGAUAGUCUUUUAUUUUUAGCUGCAUUAUUUUGCACUUUCGUGCAAUGUCUUCUUGUUCUGCUAGUUUUGGUGCAAGGUUUACCAUAUCUUGAAGAUCAAUUCCUAUAAAAUUAAACCUUUAAAUGAUUUGAAGUUAUUAUUAAAACAUAAUUGUAUAGCUGAAUAAUUGUUGUACCUGCAGUGAAGAUUUUAUCAUCACCCGAAAGUACAAUAACUCUGCAUUCUGGAUCUACUGCUAACUCAUUGAAACAUGUUUUGAAUUCUCUACAAAAUCAUUAAAUCAAAAAUAAUUUUAAAUACACUAUUAAUUAAAAUGUUAAUACAUACUUCCACAUAGCUUCAUUCAUAGAAUUAAGUUUUUUAGGUCUAUUUAAUUGCACCAUGUAAAUAAAUUCCUGUGGCACUGAUAUCUUCAAUGUUUUAAAUUUUUCAAAACUGUGUCCACUACUGUACUUCAUUUUGUAACAAUGUUGUACUCCUAAAAUAAAAUAAUUUUCAUUGAUCACCAUAUACAUA